AAUUAUUGGGCCUCGAGAUGAGCUGCGAUUCAGUGGAGGAAUGGAUUGUUUUGGCGCAAGAGUGCAAAUAUCUGCCCGAAAACCAGUUCAAACGCUUGUGUGACAUCGUGUGCGAGAUUCUGGUGGAGGAGAGCAAUGUGCAGCCCGUGUCCACUCCCGUCACGGUGUGCGGCGACAUCCACGGCCAGUUCUACGACUUGGAGCAGCUGUUCCGCACGGGCGGCCAAGUGCCCGACACCAACUACGUGUUCCUGGUUGGGGGCGAUUUCGUGGACCGCGGAUAUUACAGUCUCGAGACGUUGACGCGAUUGUUGACACUGAAGGCCAAAUUCCCCGAACGAAUCACGCUUUUGCGCGGAAACCACGAGUCGAGACAAAUCACGCAAAUCUACGGCUUUUACGACGAGUGUCAGACGAAAUACGGAAACGCCAACGCGUGGAAGUACUGCCAGAAGGUGUUCGACCUCUUGAACAUCGCCGCCGUGAUCGACGGGCGCGUGCUGUGCGUGCAUGGUGGCCUGUCGCCCGAGAUCAACGCUUUGGACCAGAUCAAGACGUUGGAGCGCAAUCAGGAGAUCCCUUAUAAGGGCGCCUUCUGCGACCUCGUGUGGUCCGACCCCGAAGAGGUGGACACGUGGGCCAUGAGUCCGCGCGGCGCGGGCUGGCUGUUCGGCGCGCGCGUCACGCACGAGUUCAUGGCGCUGAACGAUUUGGAUCUGAUCUGCCGCGCGCACCAACUCGUGCAGGAGGGCUUCAAGUACAUGUUCGAGCACCGGCUCGUGACGGUGUGGUCGGCGCCCAACUACUGCUACCGGUGCGCCAACGUGGCCGCAGUGCUCACGUUCAACGCGGUGGACGAGCGCGAGGCCAAGAUCUUCGAGGCGGUGCCCGACGACGACCGCAUUGUUCCCGCGCGCAACGUGUGUCCGUACUUCUUGUGA